UCAGAUGAUAAUUUCUGGAAGGACCCUCAAAGAGAGGACUACUGAAAGCUCUUAAACCGAAGGACUGCGGCGAGAUUUUGGCCUGCAGCCCAGGGAACCCUGGGACGCCCAGCGGGAUCUACCGCAUCACUCCCGACGACCAGGACGACGGGUUUGAUGUCUACUGCGACAUGGAGACAGACGGCGGCGGAUGGACGGUUUUCCAAAGGAGACUGGAUGGUUCAGAGGAUUUCUCCAGGAAGUGGGACGACUACAAGAAUGGCUUUGGUAACAUGACAGGAGAGUUCUGGUUGGGUCUGGAGAAGCUGUAUCGCAUUACGCUGCCCAUCUGGUACCAGAUGCGGGUGGACCUACAGGACGCCAUGGCUGAGAAGGUGUUCACCAUGUACACCGCCAUGUCUGUCUCCCACGGGCGUACGGGAUACGCACUGUCCAUCGGAGACUGGUCGGGAAGGGGAGGUGAUGGCAUGGGGAGAAGCCGCAGUAUGAAGUUCACAACCACCGACCGUGACAAUGACAAGCUCAAGGACAAGAACUGCGCCGACCUGGCCAAGGGCGGCUUCUGGUACAAUGACUGCGGGGACGCCAACCCUAAUGGUGUCUACUACCUGGGCGAGUACGAAUCGGACUUCGAUGAUGGAAUCUACUGGAACGGCUGGCAUGGCCCUACCUACUCCCUCAAGUCUGUGGAGAUGAAGAUUCGAGCGCGUAGCUUUGGUCUGGACGGUUACACCUGCUACGAGAGCUGGGAUUCUGACUUGAAAAAGUAAAAAGGUCCUCACGUAGGGGCCAUGAAUAAGUCAGAUCACAGAAUAAACUGCACCUGCACAGCAAGAUGCACUGUGGGUAAAAUGUCAAAGGUGAAAGCCCCUAACUUUUACACAGUUCUUGUCCACCUAUGUUUCAGGACCUUCAAUUUUGACAUACAUGUACUAUCCACAAUGUAUUUCCAUGCACAUGUGCAGUUUAAUCUGUCAAGCUGUUUAAAAAAAGGUCAAAGUUUACACAACUAGAAAGAGUAUGUUUUGUCCGUUACAUUCAAUGGAUACUGUUUGGUUUCUUCUGGUGGGAUGUUAUGUACACGUAUGUCACAAAAGUGUGAAGAUGGGAUAAUUGCAAAAGGAUCAGGAUAGCACAUUUUUUGGAAGCAUUUCAAAAGCUGUAAGUUUAACAAUUUAUGUGAUAUUGUGGGAAAGAAAACAUUGGAUCGUGUCAUAAUGUACAUGUUACACAGGAAUGGGAUGUACAGAGAAAAUAAA